AUGAGCAGAGACAGCACUCAAAAUAGUAACCACAGCGAUACAAGUGGUCAAGAAUCCAGCGAGAUCAAUACAGAAACCCCGGACUAUUACCGAGAAUAUCUCAGACGACUCAUGGCUGUGAUUUCGAAUAAUGAGGGGGGGGCCGUGGACUGGCUGAUUACGUUCAUUCGCUCAGGCGCUUCGGAUCGGGAUAUCUUUAAGGCAUUGCUGGAACUUACAGCAGAUUACAGCUCUUCAGAGCCAACAAAUAGGGCACCUUGA